CAUUGGAUUUUUCCUAGGGUUACUUGUGUCCCCGUAUCCAUGCCAGGCCAUCGCUCUUUUCUUUCCUGCCGCCGCCGCUCCAUCUAAGCUGCGUCUCCGUUCCCCCUACCCUGUCCUUCCAAUCUCACGGCCAGGUGCUGCUGCUCCCGUGUGCUGCUGCUGCUGCGUCCCUCCCUGCUGGUCGCUGCAGCUGCUCCUCCCCUACAGGGCUGUCCCUGCUGCUCCAUCGUUGGGGAGUUCCUGCUGGCUGCCGUCCUACUGCUUGCCGCUGCCCCCUACUGCUGGCCGCUUCCUCCUGUGCUUUCUGCAAGCCAUAGAGGAGAGGCAGCCAAGGGCGGAGUGCCGAUCUGGGUGGCUGCACCUCCAGUUUUGGGUACAAGUUGAGCGCGACAUGCAAGGGAGAUGGGAGUAGUUCAGCACAUGGCACAAUUACAAUGAUUUAUUCACUAGCUCAUUAUUUGUUUAAUUUUAAGGUGGUUAAAGUUUGGGGUUCUAUGGCGUCGGGUCUGGGCUGUGAUUCUUUGUUGUCUCAUUGAUACACUAUUAUCUGCAUGUGUGUGAUUUGUCUGGAUGCUCAGUUUACAAGGGAAACUCUGCCGAAAUUUUUAAUUAUGUCUAGAUCUUUGAAAAAAAUUGUGUUUUGUGGUAACCUCUGGUUUCGUAGGAGGCCAGGGUGUUACAGUUUUACCUUAACAUGAGAUACGUUAGUUAUCAUAAUGAAAUCCGUGCUGAACUUGCUUCAACACGGGGAUUCAUUAGUUAUCUUAACGAAUCUAGCAUCAAGUUUACUUUAUGUAAGAUUCGUUCGUGCUGUUAUCAUGACACAUGAUUAUAUCACGAUUGCUAUACGCUGCUGAACUUGCAAAUAAAGCAUAGUAGAUUCUUUUACUUUGUUCUAGUUCGGCUUGCAUCUACAUGUGUUACAUCUAGCUUUUUACGUCCUCGAAAGCGAUACGUUCCUAGAGAUUUGAAUAAACACUAAACCGAUCUGUGGAUCGGUCGAUAGCUUUCAUCUAUAUACGCUUCUGUGCUUUACCCAAGGAUCGGCAAAUAUGUGCCGAUCUGUGCGACACUAUUCGUGUCAGGCCGAUCUGUGCGAUCUGGCCAGUAUUUAAUAUCAUCUUUGUUUUCUUUGUUCCUUUUCAGGAGAAUAGGAGAACAUCGCCUUCCAUCAACACCACAACCUUCCUGGCUAGGUCGUCAGCUAGGUGGCACGCCCAUCCACCGUACACGCCAAACCCGAACCAGCUCGGGAAAAGCUGGUUGAGCCGCACUGUGAGGAGCAGCCCGAUCGGCUCACAUACACCUCCCGACUCUUAUUGUGCUGCAAUGCGUUGGUUGCUAUUCACUAACGGUUUCCCGCGUGCAACACAUUUUUGGCACGCCCAGUGGAACACUUGAUUCGACCCAUCGACAAGAUGCCGCCAAAGGUGAACGACAAGCAGAUUGCGGUACCAGACGCCGACGGGUGUGUACCGAUCAAGGAUGUCUCGCAACUCCCUCAAGAGCACAAAGAUCGCUGCAACCAAAUAUGCGAAGAGUUCGCAGAAAAGUUGCUCAGCAAGUAUGCCAUAACUCGCUCCGGCGGAAUCAAGAUCCCGAACCGUCCGCUGGAUCCGCUGGACAAGGUAGACCUCAUGGUACCAUCAAUGGAGCGCACCCAGGCACUGCUCGAGGAAAUAUACUCCAUGACGGCACAUGCUCUUAUCAGGCAGUCUGAAGCCAUAAUCAAUCGCAUGGACAACAUCGUGGUCAAGACUGUCAGGACAGCCCUGGCCGGUGAGCCGUUGCACAUCACCGGCCCUGAAUUGAACAACAAUAUUGGAGAAGCUCGGUUCUACUCUCGCCCUCUGCAACCCAUUCACAUUGAGGUUCAGGGCGACACAAUUGCUGAGUUUAUCAUGUACCCUCCUCAAGACGGAUUGGACCUGGCGCCGAAGGCAUACUCCACUGCACCUUUGGUAAUUCCGGAAGGCUUCAACUGCCUGCUCAGGUACCGUCAGUUGGAACCAGGGGAAAAGCCACCUUUGCCGUACCCCAACCCUGUCAAUGUCACUGCCGCUGCCGCGAGCAGGAAGGGAGCUGCGGAGGCCGCCAUGGCACCUCACAUGUCAAAGGCCCUGGAUCAGGACUCCCAGGACUGGUACAACAAGUACGCCUCAGGGCCGGCUCGGGAGGAGCCGGCCAUGUAUGCCACGCGACCUGGUUACAUCCCAGGUCAGCAGGAUUUGGAUGAGUUCAUGAGAAAUAGGUACGGCGUCUUGCCCAAACGCGACGCUAUUUCGUACGCCAAGCCGUAUCCAGAGGCCUACGAUUUGAUUGAACCACCCCCCAAGUUCAAGAUCCCUGACUUCACUAAGUUCAGUGGCAACGAAGGGACCAGCACCGUCGAGCACAUCAGUCGAUAUCUAGCUCAGCUGGGACCUGCAUCCAGAGCUGAUUUCAUGAGGAUUCGGCUAUUUGCUCUUUCACUGACGGGACCCGCGUUCGGAUGGUAUACCACCCUCCCUCCGGGGUCCAUCACCACAUGGAAGUAGCUCGAGGAGCAAUUCCAUGCUCACUUCUUGACCAGCGCCGAAGAGGCAACGUUUACUGACCUCCAGAAUGUCAAGCAACGCUUGGGCGAAGAUGUGCAGCACUAUAUACAGCGCUUCCGCGAAGUCAGGAACAGGUGCUAUUCCUUGCAUCUGUCAGAAAAGACCAUAGCGGAGAUUGCACGCAAUGGCCUGCAGAGGAGCAUCAGAGCAGCAUUGGGGCCAUCCGAUUGUGACUCGAUCGGCCAACUGGUUUCCAGAGUGGUAGCCUAUGAGCGUGAUCAAGCUGAUACUUACCACGAAAAGCCCAAAAAGGCCAUCGGCUAUAUAGAAGCCGAUGAGGAGGGUUCGGAUGUUGAAACUGAUGCUUUCUUGGUUCAAUGGUCGAGGCCAAAGCACCCGUUAAGGUGCCCAUGGGUGAGGAUACCGGAGCCUGCUCCAGGUUUCGAUUUCGACGUAUCCAAGACCGAGCAAAUUUUUGACCUACUUCUCAAAGAAAAGCAUCUGGUACCGAUGCCUGGACAUCAGGUGCCGACGGCUGAGGAGAUACGAGGCCGCAAAUACUGUAAAUGGCACAAUCGCCUUGACGGCCAUACCACUGCUGAAUGCCGCAUACUGCGUACGGAGAUUCAGAAGGCCAUCGAGCAAGGGAGGCUAAUUUUCCACCGCCCUCAGAUGAAAACGGACCUAGAUCCCUUCCAUGUCAACGCGGUUUGUCCUAUGAUGUCAGCAGAACAGGAAUCGGCUUUCUGUCAGCGGGUCAAACAGGCAGUGGCCAUCGGUAGGGUGCUCCGUCGCGACGAGGAGGCUCCAACAUGGAUGUUCACGAUCAACAUGGCUAGUGUUGGCCCCAGAGAUAAGGGGAAAUCCAAGGCCGACCCCCGCGACGACCCGACACUGGAGUUUAAAGCCGAAGAGCAUACUUCGGCUAAGACAGUUGAGAGGCAUCGCAAAGCAAGACCAAGUUCUGCCGAUCUGCUGAAUAUGUACACCCGGCACCAGCAAAACGACCACGGUAGCCGGCGCCGUGACGAAGAAGAAUCGUACUACCGCAGACAACGCCGCUGCUACGAAGAAGAGCGUCGAUACUCCUCACCUCCGCGACGCUACGGUCAGGAGAGUGAACGCGAACACUGGAGUUGUCCCUACUUCUACUACUGCUGGUCUCAAUGUAUGGAUAGGCUCCCAACCCCUCACGAUUGUCCAGAAUGCUCCAACCGCAGGGUGACACGUAGGAGACCAUCAGUAUUCGAUCGCAUCCGACCAGCAUCACCUCCGUCCCGCCACCAAGCUGGCGCCCCACGUCAACAACGGAGGUUUUCCCCGCAACGCAGUCGAGACCACGCAGCAACAUAUAAAAACCUGACGCCAAGUGCAUCAACAUUGACCCAGGCUCGCCCAACGCAAGAGAGUCGUCCCCAGACCGAUCAGCGGCGAGAAGAAUGCCAUUUAGAACAAUGGUGCCUUGGAGGUUUGACUAGAUCGCAAAAGCGCAGGGUUCAGCGACUGCGGAGUCUAGAGCUUGCUGAAGAAGAGUAUCUUCGGCAGCUGAAGAAAGUAGCCGGAGUUUAUCAGAUCCCCAGCCUACGCCAAGAACGGAAGAACGUUUGGAGGCGGAAAACUGAGCCUGACAACACGCAGCCGCCCGUCGCUUCCGCACCACCUAAGGCGGUUGCAAGUAAGGUCGUCUCGGAGCAGCACCCGUCUUCGAGCUCCUCUGAAGAGGACUUCGGGAAGAAAGUUGACGCCAUGUUCAAGGAACCUAACUCGAAUGUCAGCAUGGUGUUUGUACUACCAGAUGAGUUUCGCCCUCCGCCCCCUGCAUCCGUCACUGAAUCCAUGGCACAGCUUACUCUCGGUCCUGCUGCCAUCGUCUUUGAAAAGCCAGUGGAUAAGAAGUACCGCCACCUUAAGCCACUGUAUCUCAAGGGAUUCAUCAAUGGUAAAUCACUUGGAGGAAUGAUGGUGGACACUGGAGCAGCGAUCAAUGUCAUGCCCUAUUCUUUGUGCACAAAGAUCGGCCGAUCUAAGGCCGAUCUAGUCCCCACGAAUGUUACUCUCAAUGACUUUAGGGGAGAAACUUCACAAGUAAUGGGCAUCCUGACAGUCGAACUCACCAUCGGCUCCAAGACAAUCAACACUUCCUUCUUCGUGGUUGAUAGUGACGGCCCAUACUCGGCAUUACUUGGCAGAGACUGGAUCCACGCCAAUUGUUGUGUGCCGUCUACGAUGCAUCGUUGCCUCAUUCAGUGGGACGGCAAUGAAGUGGAAGUUGUUCCUGCCGAUGAAUCAUACGGAGUUGCAUGCGCAGGAGCUAGUCUUUGGACAUCAGAGAAGGCCGAGUGCCUAUCGGGCAGGGAGACAUACCAGUGGAGCUCCGUCCACGUGGCAAAAAACGGGCUGAUGCCGGUACCAGCAGCCGGCGAAGAUCUGUGAUGGAUUCAGCUCGCCCUUCGACAUCUGCCGAUCCUCUACAUCGGCUCGUAGGGACUUCUACAGUUCGCAAUCCUGUAAUGGCCGAUCUCUGCGACCGGCCACAAAAAGGUCUAGCUCAGUCUCUAGCUACAGCCGAUCUUGUGCAUUGGCUUAUAACAAGCCCUAUGGAUUGUAACUCUGUAGUGGCCGAUCUCUGCGAUCGGCCGCAAAAAAUUGUUUGUAUCCUUAGUUCCGCAAACCAUGCCGACCCUUUACAUCGGCUCGUAGGACAUUCUAUAGGCUGUAAUCCUGUAGUGGCCGAUCUGAGCGAUCGGCCGCAAAAAAUUGAACAGACUCAUAUUGUCAAUGAAAUUUUAAUGAACGAUCUUGGAGAUCAGUCUCUUUAUGUUAAUGUUCUUUACGCUUCGUCGAUCAAAGAAAUUUCAGCAUGCGAAGAACAGGAAGAACAAGAACAUGGGAAGCAGGGAGAGGACCACCCUCGACCUUUCCCGACAUCAGCUGAUUCUACACAUGAAUUUGUAGAAGAAAGCAAGCUCGGGUUUGGCUUUACCCCCACAGACGAGCUGGAGUCUGUUGACAUCGGCCUAGGAGAUCGCUCUAGGCCUACUUGGGUUAGUAAAAAGCUAGAACCCAUAUUCAAAGCUAAAUUGAUUGAACUACUACGAGAAUUCUCUGAUUGCUUUGUUUGGGAGUACCAUGAAAUGCCUGGUCUAGAUCGGUCUAUUAUUGAGCAUAGGCUCCCAAUCAAGCCUGGAUUCCGGCCGUUUGCUCAACAUCCUAGAAAAGUCCAUGUCCAGAUCCUUGACUUGGUCAAGGAGGAAAUCGAGAGGGGAUGAUCAAAGCUGGCUUUAUACGCCAGUGUCGUUACGCCACCUGGAUUUCAAGCAUUGUCCCUGUUUGGAAGAAGAACGGGAAGCUCAGAAUUUGUAUUGAUUUUAGAGACUUGAACAGAGCGACCCCUAAAGAUGAAUAUCCAAUGCCAAUAGCUGAGGUUUUAAUUGACGCCGCGGCUGGACACAAGAUGAUGAGUUUCCUCGAUGGCAAUGCGGGGUAUAACCAGAUUUUCAUGGCCGAAGAAGAUGUGUUCAAGACAGCGUUUCGCUGUCCUCAAGGCUUGUUCGAGUUUGUGGUUAUGACCUUUGGCUUGCGCAAUGCUGGUGCCACAUACCAACGGGCCAUGAAUUACAUCUUCCAUGAUCUGAUUGGCCGACUUGUGGAAGUCUAUAUUGAUGAUGUAGUCGUCAAGUCGGACAAAUGCGCGUUCGGUGUUACUGCCGGACAGUUUCUUGGGUUCAUGAUCCACGAAAGAGGUAUCGAGAUCGGUUCUAAAAGCAAGAAAGCAAUUGAGGAGAUGGUUCCACCGACAAACAAGUUGGAGCUGCAGAAAUUAAUUGGACAGAUCAAUUACGUCAGAAGAUUUAUUCCCAAUCUGUCAGCUAAAUUGGAGGCAUUCAUGCCGCUGGUCAAAACACAGCGUAGUGAGAAGACUUCGUUUAGGGACCAGACCAACAAUUGGCAUUCGAUAAGCUUAAGGAGUACCUUGUAUCACCACCUAUGAUGGCCCCGCCACGCCUUGACCUUCCUUUCAUUAUAUACAUUUCAGCCGAUGAUGUCUCUAUCAGCUCAGUAUUGAUACAAGAAGUUGGUGGGAAGGAACAGGUGGUUCAUUACCUCAGCCGACGCCUUUUGGAUGCAGAAACCAGGUACUCUGAAAUGGAGCGCUUAUGUUUGUGUCUUUACUUCACGUGCACUAAACUUAGGCACUCUCUGCUUAAUGCCGAGACACUGGUAGUAUGCAAGGCUGAUAUUAUAAAAUACAUGCUAUCGGCCCCAAUUCUCAAAGGAAGGCUAGGCAAGUGGAUGUUUGCCCUUUCUGAGUUUGACAUCAAGUUUCGACCAGCUAAGGCUGUCAAGGGGCAAGCAUUAGCCGAUCUGAUAACGGAACGAUCGGCCCCCCAGACAUGCUUCGUCAAUAUAAACACUUGGACCAUGUAUUUCGAUGGAUCUACAUGCAAUGAUGGUUGUGGAGUUGGGAUUUUGAUUGUUUCCCCUCGGGGGGCAGAAUUUCAGUUCGCCUUUUGCCUACAAGAAAAGCGAACCAAUAACCAGACAGAGUACGAAGCAUUGUGUAGGGGUUUGGAGCUGCUUUUGGAAAUAGGUAUUGAUGCAGUCCUUGUGCGAGGAGAUUCUCAAGUGGCAAUCAAUCAAUCUACUGAAGACUUCAAUUGUGCAAGCGAUAUGCUAUACCCUUACCUUCUGCGUUGUCGGGAGCUAAUGGCCAAAUUCAACUAUAUCCAAUUUCAAAGGGUACAACGACACGACAAUGCGAAGGCCAACAGAUUAGCUCAAAUGGCAUCAGGCUAUAUCGAGCAAGAAGCCGGUGUUCCCUUGGAAGUUUUAUAGCUUGAAAUGAACGACUGGAGAGUGUUGACGCUGCUUAUAGACGAAUAUUUUAUAUCAUUUUAUAAUUAUUUUCAUUGAUUUAAUGCGUCAACUAUGCCUUUACUAACAAAAUAUCAUCAAUUAUUAUGGAUUUUGCGAUAUUGUCUUGGAGAAAAUGUAUUUCUAUUUAUGACAGGUUUUAGGGCAAUUUUUCGCAAUUUUCAUCAUGAUCCACCUCGAGUAGAAAAGACCCUCAAGAUGGCGUAUUCAUAAAGACGAAGAUUGAAGAGAGGCGUGGAUGGCAUAUUUUGAGCCUCUGUGCCACCCAUGGUUCUCCAAGAUCAGAAGCUUCAGGAAGAUUCCAGAAGCUACCGGAAACUAGAAGAUAUCCAAGGAGAAUACUUCCAAUUCAAGUCAAGACUAGAAGAUUUCGUGCAAUCUCGGAAGAUAUCGAAGAUUCCAGAUCUCCAGGAGUCAGAACCCUCGUACAACAAUUCCUUAAGCAUCAAGCAACGUCCCCGCCAAAGAUGGAAGGCAGAGGCCGAAUAUGGAAGGGGGGUCGGCCGAGCCUAGGCCUUCUGGUCGGCCGACCCCACCUAUUCCCAAGUCGGUUUCGGUUUCCUUUUUCGCCACAUCUUCCUCAGACUAUUUAGCACCCCUGUAGGCCCCUGGUCGACGCAUCCAAUUCAUUACCAAGGCGACGAAGAUGUAGAGGAGAGGGACAACAACUAGAUGAGAGUUGAGGGUUGAGUUUCUAGUCUAGGAUUAGAGUUCUUCUAAUUCCCGGGAGUCACUUAGAGAUCCUACGCGAUCUCUAAUGCUCUGCUCUAGAGGUCUUGUAUCAUCAUCAAUCUAUGGCCAGUGAUUGUAAGUUUGAUACAUCUUAUUAAUGAAAGUAUUGUUCUUGUCUAA